AGGCAGGGGGUGGGAGGCCGAAGCCGCUCUGGUUCUGACUUAAAGAUCCCUUGGCAGGAAGGUGCUGCCAGGCUGCUGCAGGAGGAUGCGAGCUGAGGGCAGCAGCAGAGUCGAGGAAGAGCAGCUGCUGCAGCUACCUGUGUGGCCUGGGCUGCCGCGGCAGAGACCUGCUGGCGGCAUCAUCAUGUGAAUAUUUAUUACCCGGUUGGGGUCUUCGCUCGCGGUAAUCGAAUGGGAGGUUUGCUUCGGGGAAGGUUAUUUUCCCCCCCCGCGGAAGCUUUUCUGGGGCUCGUGCGGCGAUCGGGGCAGCUGUGGAGCGGACCAGAUCUAACUGGCUUUACCCAGACAAUGAUCCCAAAGACUAUAUGAUAAUUGCUGGUGGCUGAGAGAGAGAGAGAAGGCAUUUUGGGGACUGUAUUGAAGCAGAACAGGGGAGCAGGAGGGUGAAAUCAUCCUGCCUGCUCCUCCAGCAGUGGCAGCUCUGCAACUGGUGUGUGCAGUACAUUUUCAGCAGUAGCAAAAUACUAGUUUGCAGGAAGCAGCCAGUUCAACAGCAGGACCUGAGGUACUCCAGAGACAAGAGAAGAAGCAGCACCAGCAUGGAUAAGGACAGCAUGAGCCUAGCUGACCAGCAGUAUGAAUGUGUGGCUGAGAUUGGUGAAGGAGCCUAUGGGAAGGUAUUCAAGGCCCGAGACUUGAAGCAUGGAGGUCGUUUUGUAGCCUUGAAGCGCGUGCGGGUGCAGACAAGCGAGGAGGGAAUGCCACUCUCCACCAUCCGUGAGGUGGCAGUAUUGAGGCACCUGGAGACCUUUGAGCACCCCAAUGUGGUCAGGUUAUUUGAUGUAUGCACAGUGUCACGAACAGACAGAGAGACCAAACUAACACUAGUGUUUGAACAUGUCGAUCAAGACUUGACCACUUACUUGGAUAAAGUUCCGGAGCCUGGAGUGCCUACGGAAACUAUAAAGGACAUGAUGCUUCAACUGUUGCGAGGGCUGGAUUUUCUGCAUUCACACCGAGUGGUGCACCGUGAUCUGAAACCACAAAAUAUCCUCGUGACAAGCAGUGGGCAGAUAAAAUUAGCUGACUUUGGCCUUGCACGAAUCUACAGUUUUCAGAUGGCUCUGACCUCAGUAGUUGUCACUCUGUGGUACAGAGCUCCUGAAGUUUUGCUUCAAUCCAGUUAUGCAACACCAGUUGAUCUCUGGAGUGUUGGCUGCAUAUUUGCAGAAAUGUUCCGUCGGAAGCCACUUUUUCGUGGAAAUUCAGAUGUUGAUCAGCUAGGAAAAAUCUUUGAUGUCAUUGGGCUCCCGGAAGAAGAAGACUGGCCUAGUGAUGUUGCCCUUCCAAGACAUGCUUUCAAUUCCAGACCCCCACAACCCAUUGAAAAUUUUGUACCAGAUAUCGAUGAACUAGGCAAGGACUUACUUCUUAAAUGUUUAGCGUUCAAUCCCACCAAGAGGAUAUCUGCCUAUGUUGCCCUGUCUCACCCUUAUUUCCAUGAUCUGGAGAAAUGCAAGGAGAAUCUGGACUCCCACAUGUCAACCAGCCAAAACUCCAAUGAGGUGAAUAAAUCAUAAGACUCAUUGAAGCUGAACCUACAAAUGAACAUGAUGUGUAGCUGACAAAGGUCACUAUCCCUAGCUGUUCUACUGAAGAUCAUUAUUUGGAGGUUUUACGCGUCUGUCUGCUUCUUCAGGAUGGUGAUGUGCUCCAAGGAAACCAACCUGGUUUACUUUCAUCAAAGCAAUGCAAGAACCAGGGAUUUCACCUGCUCUCAUUGCAGCUUUAUGUGUGUGUGUGUUUGUUUUGUUUAACUACCUGGGAAAACUCCAGAUGAAGAGAAGCUGCUGACCAGUUUUGCUGCCAUUUUAUUCUUCUCAUAUUGAAUGCUGCCAGUGUUCCAGUCACUGCCAAAACAUGACGCAAUCUCUCCCUCUAGCUGCUGAAGCCUGAUCUGGUAUUUUUUAAUUGUUAUUUUGGUAUCUCUUAAAGUGAUAUUUAAAAGAAAUGGCAUUGAAAUAUUGGAUCUCUACAACCCGCAAAUAAUUGAUAAGUACAUGAAUGCGUCUAGUUACUAUUGGUAACAUACAAGGAGGUGCUUCCCCAGUUGAAAACUUGGACAAAUAAUUUUAUUAUUUCAUUACUGUCCAUAAAAAUAAUGAUG